CGGCUCACACCGAAGGCGAUCCGGCAGCAGGGCGCGAGGGGCCAUCAUGUCUUCGGCGUUUCCCGAGGACGACGUCGACGCGAGCGGCGGCGGCGACCCGCCCGUCGCGUGGUGGAGCGCGGCCUCUCCGGUGGGCGGCGACGUCGUGCUCUCCGCCGCCGUCCUCCUCUUCCUCGCCGUCGCCUUCGCGUUCGUCGUAUACCACUACUUCACGGUCAGUCGCCGCGGCGGCGCGCGGGACGGCGGCGGCGUCACGAUCGGGGUGUCUUCGGGCGCCCAGCGGCGCGGCACGUUCAUAGGAGGCGACGCCGCUGGACGAAGCCGAGGCGGCGUCGACACGGCCCUGCUCCGGGCGUUGCCGUUGACGGUGUACAGGGUGAAGGACCGGGGCGGCGAGGCGCUGGAGUGCGCCGUGUGCCUCGCCGAGCUCGCCGACGGCGAGGCGGCCAGGUUCCUGCCCAGGUGCGGGCACGGCUUCCACGCCGAGUGCGUCGACCUGUGGCUGCGCGGCCACUCCACCUGCCCGCUCUGCCGCGUCGACGUCGACAAGCUGCCGCCGGCGCCAUCGUCCCUGGCCCUCCCGCCGGCGCUGCCGGAGCCCGCGAACUACCCCACAAAUCUUCCGACGAACGUCCUGUUCUGGGGGUCCCAGGACACGGUGACGACCGCCAGCGGCGGCGGCCCGAACUCUUCCCGCAGACCACCGGCGGCGGUGGUCAUCGAGGUCCGGGACCGGGAGGCAGCACCGGCUGUGGCGGCGACGCCGCGAGAAGGUGAGGCGGCGAGUAAGGCGCAGGGCCUGGCGAGGCUGAGCUCGCUCAGGAGGCUGUGGAACAGAGGGAGGCAUGAUGCGGCGGCGGCGAGCUCCAGUUCGUGCCGCCAAGCCACUGCAGGUGAUGGCACCGCGCAAGCUCCGGCACCGCCGUUGGAUAUUUGGAAUCUUACGUAGGAGAUGGAUGAGCACUUGGAUCACCGUCGACUAGUCGAGUGUGUUACAUGAUGAAACGUGUUUGGCUGUUUUUGACACAGGAUUGCAAACUAGAGGAAUGAAAAAAAAGGGAAUUGGGUGGAGCGAAGAAUAGAAAUCAGGAUUCCAAAACAUAUGAAUAGAAAAAUUUGGGUGUUUGGA